AUGGUGAAGUGCCGCCCGAACAACAACCGAGAUCCGCUGAGCGGCGAGAUCGAGGCGUGCUCCACUUACCUGGACGCACAGAUAGAUCUUAUCGACCCGAAGGUCAUAGUCACGCUGGGACGCUACUCGUUCGGCAAGUUCUUUCCGGGGCGCAGCAUCAGCCGCGAGCGGGGCAAGCCUCGCUUAUGGCGCGGGCGUAUGAUCUAUCCGAUGUAUCAUCCCGCCGCUACGCUGCACAACCCGCGCUUGCGCCCGGCGUUGGAGAACGACUUCCGCAAUCUGCUGCCGCUUGUUCAAGAGGUUCUCGCAAUGCCUCCGGAUGACACUGCGAGCGAAGAUGAUGGACCCUCCGAACAGCAGUUGAGCAUGUUCUAG